UUUGUUGUCAUUCAAGCGGGGAUAUUAUCAACCUCAAACAGUGAUGACUGAAGGGAAGAGUCUGGAGAAACCUGAGGAGAGGAGAGGGAGGCUAACUGCUGUACUGGCUUUGGCCACCCUCAUAUCAGCCUUUGGAUCUUCCUUCCAGUAUGGCUACAACGUAGCUGUUGUGAACUCUCCAUCGCUGUUUAUGAAGCAGUUUUACAACACCACCUACCUGGAGCGUUACGGACGACCAAUGGAAGACACCUUCCUGACUCUUCUAUGGUCCCUGUCUGUGUCCAUGUACCCUCUGGGGGGCUUCCUAGGAUCUCUGCUGGUGUCACCCCUGGUCAACAAGCUGGGAAGGAAGGGAACCCUCCUCUUCAACAACAUCUUCUCCAUCGUCCCUGCCAUCAUAAUGGGAGUGAGCGAGAUUGCCAAAUCAUACGAGAUUAUCAUCUUUGCUCGAGUUUUAGUGGGCAUCUGUGCAGGGCAGUCAUCCAAUGUUGUCCCCAUGUACCUGGGAGAGCUGGCCCCUAAGAACAUGCGGGGUGCGAUUGGCAUCGUGCCCCAGCUCUUCAUCACCGUAGGCAUCCUCAGUGCCCAGGUUCUGGGCAUCAGAAACAUCCUGGGAAACAGCACAGGCUGGCCGUUGAUGCUGGGCCUGACAGGCAUCCCUGCCCUGGUAGAGCUGCUGCUCCUGCCCUUCUUCCCUGAGAGCCCCAGGUACUUGCUCAUCCAGAAGGGGGAUGAGAGGACCGCCAAGAGAGACCUGCAGCGCCUACGAGGCUGGGAGGACGUGGAAACCGAGCUGGAUGAGAUGCGUCUGGAGGACCAAUCAGAGCAAGCCGAAGGCAGUCUGUCGGUGUUUUCUCUCCUAUCCCAGCGCUCUCUUCGCUGGCAGCUCAUCUCCAUCAUAGUCUUGAACAUGGGCCAGCAACUGUCAGGGGUCAAUGCUAUCUAUUACUAUGCAGAUAGUAUUUAUGGCUCUGCAGGAGUAGAGGAAAAUGACAUCCAGUAUGUGACUGUCGGAACUGGGGCUGUUAAUGUUUUUAUGACCAUAACUGCGGUGUUCAUUGUGGAGGCUUCAGGGAGAAAGCUGCUCCUCCUCAUCGGCUUCGGGAUCUGCUGUGGAGCCUGUGUUGUCUUGACUGUGGCUCUCAGACUCCAGGACAGUGUGGAUUGGAUGCCCUACAUCAGCAUAGCCUGUGUCAUCAUGUACGUCAUUGGACACGCCAUUGGCCCCAGUCCCAUUCCAGUUGUGGUGACCACAGAGAUGUUCAGGCAGUCCUCCAGGUCAGCUGCGUUCAUGGUGGCAGGAUCUGUACACUGGUUGUCCAACUUCACUGUAGGACUGGUGUUCCCUUUUAUGGAGAAAGGACUUGGACCAUACAGUUUCCUCAUCUUCUCUGUGAUCUGCCUGGUUACCCUGAUUUACACCUGGCUGGUGCUCCCAGAGACCAAGAACAACACCUUCCUGGAGAUUAGCCAAAUGUUUGCCAAGAGAAACAAGGUAGAGAUCAAGCUGGGCGAUGAAAACAGUCCUACCAAUGCGACAGGAUGUCUGAAGGAAGUAGAGAUGGUCUCUACCUUCUGAGAGAGAUGUGACCACUUAUCACUUGUCAUCCGGAACCAGACACAGAACUUUAAACUCUGGUGGAAUGUGGAAUGGAAUGGACAAUAUAUCUCAAAUAAAUUAACAAUGUG